AUGCGGGUGUCUGAGGUCAAGGAGGCUGUGGGGAACCCUGACAGCGGAUACCUCAUCAAUGUAAAUUUCAGUUUAAUUUCAAACCACAAAACCGUCCGUAAAUUUGGGACCGCGCAAAUAUACCUGGAGCUGGAGGAGUACAGGUGGUUCACCCGGUGGCUCCAGCUCCGCAACUGGUCUGUACUGCUUAACAACUACUUUUUCACGUCGCUUGGCAGCACGGAGGCCAAGGACUUGGUGAGAUACGUUCGUCGGACGUGGUCCGAGAUGGGCCUCCCAGGUUCCCCCAGCCACCUUGACCUCAGGACGGCUGUCUCGACAUAUAACUUUCAACAAAACGACGACGAGAUGCGUAAGAACCUCUCCUCAUUCAUGUGCCACAGUGCCGAGACCCAGGAGAGGUUCUACGCUCUACACAAGACUGUUCAGAGAGCGAUACAAAUGAGGGACAUGUUUGUGUGGCUCUCACUGAGAGAGGAAGAGGCAGGUCCCUCAUCAGCUGCCUCCUCCUCCGCUGCCGCCUCCUCCUCAUUGGCUGCCUCCUCCUCCUCCUCCUCCUCAUCAGCUGCCUCCACCUCCGCUGCAGCCUCCUCCUCAUCCGCGGCCUCCUCCUCCGCUGCAGCCUCCAACUCCGCUUCUGAGGGCAGAGUGAAGUCGCCAAAGAUGGCCAGGAUGUCAUCGCAGGCCUGGGCAANCUCCUCCUCCGCUGCUGAGGGCAGAGUGAAGUCGCCAAAGAUGGCCAGGAUGUCAUCGCAGGCCUGGGCAAAAAAGGUGAAGGAGAAGGUGGGGCUCUCCCCAAAGAAGCUCUCCCCAAGAAAAGGGGUUAGGGCGAGGAGGGCCCUUGUUCUACUUAAAAAGAUGUAG